UGUUCGGCAAUAGGAUAAACGUCAAACACUGAUCUUCGUUCAUUUUCGGCUUCUUCGCCUUGUUGAAGUCACGUUGUUGUUCGCCAUUGAAAUUCUAUCGCUUUAACACGUGUAUUUUAAAUAAUUUUUAAUAUUAUAAUUAUUCUCAAUUAUUUUUUUUUAUUGUUAAUCUGUUAUAUUAUACCACCGACAAAAUGUGGAGCAUAGUAAUGGAACCGGGGAAAAAAUACAGUACUGUUGUCGAAAACACAUUCCAUCUGUCAAUGGCUACACUUGAUUUGGAAUCCGUUAAAAAGGCUGAUGAUGUACAUACUGUUUAUGUCGAGACUGAUGAUAAUCCUCGAGUAAUUCUUUGUCAUUUGUCUAAAGCAUCAAAAUUGUACCAAUGUCGAUUGGAUCAUAUUUUCCCACGAGGAACAGAUUUAAAAUUUGUUACAUCAGCCACUGCUAACAUACAUAUGACAGGAUAUUUAGAUUUAAAUGAAGACGAUGAAUUAUAUUCUGAUUUGGAAAGUGAAUCUGAAUCUGAAGAAACACAAAUUGAAAAACCAGCACAAGGAAAAGGAAAUAAACGUAAAUUGGAAGAUAAUACUUCAAAAAAAAAUAAAUCCAUUAAAUUGGAUGAGAGUAAUCAAUCUGAUGAAGAAAGUGAUGAUGAAACCAUGGAUUUUGAAGAUGAUAGUGAUGAUGACGGCGAAGGGUUAAAACUAAGUGAUUUAGCUGAUGAUGACGAUGACGAUGAUGACGACGAUGAUGAUGAAGAUGACGAUGAUGACGAUGAUGAUGACGACGACGAAGAAGAAGAAGAAGAUAGUGACGAUGAAAUUGAAGAAGUACCAGUAUUGACGAAAAAAACAAAAGAACAACAAAAAACCCCAAAAAAACAAUUAAAUGGAAAUGAAAAGACUCCCAAAAAAGAAGCGAUUACCCCUAAAGGUCAAGAAAAGACCCCUAAAGGUCAAAAAACUCCUUUACCCAAAACACCUGACGCAAAUAAAAGUUUGAUAAAUGGUACAACAGAAAGUAGUAAAAAACAGAAAAAUAAGGAACCUAAAACCCCACUUAGUGGAUUAAAGACUAAACCAGAUACUCCACUGCCUAAAGAUAAGCAAAAUCAACAACAAAAGUUAAAUGGUGGAGUUAUCAUAAAUGAUAUUAAAGUUGGGGAUGGAGCUGUUGCAAAACCAGGAAAGAAUGUUAAAGUGUAUUAUAUUGGCCGCCUUAAAUCCACUGGUAAAGUUUUUGAUUCAAUGCAGAAAGGACCUGGAUUCACUUUUGGAUUACAACGUGGUGAAGUUAUUAAGGGUUGGGAUAUUGGUAUUGCCGGUAUGAAAGUUGGAGGCAAAAGAAAAGUGAUAUGUCCACCAAAUAUGGCGUAUGGUGCUAAAGGAAGUCCGCCUGAAAUUCCACCAAAUAGUACAUUAGUUUUUGAUGUAGAACUUAAACAUGUUAAUUAAGUGUAUCCAUUAUGUCUUUUAUUCCGACUGAUAUUCCUAUGAUUAUUUGUUAAUUACCAUUCAUUUUUCUACAACAACCACACAACGAAUAUCAGUAUUCCGUUUGUUAUAAAAAAUAAAAAAUUAAAGCUGUAUUUAUAAUAUAAUAUAGUUUUUAAUUUUGAGACAAUUUUUAUCUUAAGUAUACAAUUUUGUUUAUUAUGAAUCGUAACAUUUUGAAUUGUCAACAUUUUUUGGCAUUUAUAGAAAGUAUUUGUGCCCAAUCUAUUUGGCAAUAAUUUACCAAUUGUAUAUGAAUGACUUAUAAUAAAUUAAUUUUUAAUUCUUAA